AUGGCGACCGUCGACGACGACACGGCGGCCUUUCUUGUGUCUGCCCUUUGUCGACAAGAUCUGUCCCCGCACGAUCCCACGACCGGCGGCAAGCGCGGGCCGUCCUCCGCUCUGGAUGACGAGACCAACAAGCACGAUGAUGACGACGACCCGAACGACGCCAUGUUCUUUCACAACUUGGACUUGGCGUUUGCAGCGGACCUCAACUUGUCGCACCAGCCGCCGCCGCCGCCGCCGUAUGGAGGCAGCGGGCCCCUGUCUCCAUUGCAUCUGCAUCCACCGCCACUCGACGCGAGUCGCUUUCACCUUCGCCUGACCACGCCAUUCCUCCCACGGUACUGGAAAAACGGCCGCAAGAACUUGCAGUGCUUUCCGUUUUGCCCGGAGCAUGGCGACUUUCAUGACAUGAAGCUCCAAGGCAAGAAGCAUGCGUCGAUCGGUGUCUGCCGCACGCCGGUUCAUUGCGAACUCCACAGCCCGGUCUGGCUCCCCCACAUCCACGUGAUCGGGCGCAUCGAACAAAUCUCCCCCGGGUGUUCGAUGGAAACGCCGCCCGUUCUCCGCGGCCUGGGGGAAUGGCACGCCUUUCGCCAAGACGGCUACGAUGCGUCGCAACUUGAGAAUGGCACGUCGGUCGACGGCGGCGGCUGCAAAAGCACAUGGAUGUUUUUGCCCGACGUGUGGAAACUGCAGCCGCUCCUGCGAAAAAAGCGCAAGGCAACGCGGUCGAUGCCCGCCGAGACAUUUCCGUUUUACUUUCGGGCCUUUUGUUUUCUGCAGUCGCCGGCCGACUGCGACGUGCCCAACCAACCUUCCCUUCACGCCCCUCGCACCCCCAUCGAUACGUUUCGAUGCGUUGCCGAGUGCCACUCGACCUCGUUCGAGCUGUCGUCGACGCGGACGGUCGACCGGCAUCGCAAAGCCAAAUCGUCGGAAUAACACAUUCAACAUGGCUCCAACUCUUUGUACAA